AUGAGGAUGUUGAGUCGGCUGGAAGGUGCCAAAGGCAGUGUCGGGCAACAGCUGCUGAGGCGCAAGAGGAGAGACGGAAGCUUUGACCACCGAGAGCAGCAGGCGGAAGCUACUGAUGAGCGACAUGAGAAGGUAGGCGAGAACAACGACGAGAACCACAAUUAUGCUGCAAGGGAAGGCAUCAACAAGACGGCAGCAACCGGUGGCGAUCAACGAUGCACUCAUGACAGUGGUUAUCGAUCAACAGUGUCGCCAUUCCUUUGUUCUUACAGAUUCCAUCAUCACCGGGAUUAUUGUGAUGCACAAGUGCUUGAGGAUGCAUCAAUUAUUGGAAAUAACAACACCACCAAUUCUAUCAGCUCAACUACAUCAUAUCUACCAUCAUCCUACAUAGGAGACAACUCGAUAGGAAGCACUACCAAUAUCAACAACAAUAGCCUUAUUGGGUCAACUACGUCAUAUUUACCAAUUUCUGCCAUGGGAAGCAACAACAACAUCAACAACCUAAUAGACUCAACUAUGUCACAUCUACAAACGUUCAACAGUCACAUAGGAUUCACUACACCACAUCUAGGUCCUCAGAUUUCCUCCAUCCAGAACCAGACCAGCCAGUCUGGGUUGUCUCCUUUAAUAACUGAGCAUGAGAGCCUUACGAAUGACCCAUCAUGGGGAUUAAACUUGGCAAGGAUUCCUUAUAAUAUCUCUUCUCUUUCAUCAACUCCACAAAACCAACAUGAAUUUCAGGAAAAAACUGGGAUGGGGUAUUACACAAAUCUAAUGAAUAUCGAAUAUAGCAAUGUGAACCCUGAGAAUACCAGCUUUAUGGGAGAUGUUAGCCAAUAUGGAAGUGUGGAAGGAUCGAACUUAUAUUCAGGUCCAGGGACUUCCUCCAGUGAAUUUCAAGGGUUUAGCAUGCUUCCUAUUGGCACACCUAAUCUUGUUGCAAACAUGGAUCUGUAUGGCUCAACUUCUGGAAACAAAAACAGUGGAUUUCAUGAUAUCAUGAACUCACUCCAUAAUCCGGUAACUGGCAGAGGUGUUGAAUUCUCUACUAUCAACGAGGAUGUUGGUAGUAGCUACAACCAAGGGAAUUACAGUGGUUAUGUCGAUGGUAGUGGAUACAUCAACUAUGGAGCUGAAAGAGAAGUUUGGAACUCAGGAACAGGAACAACAAUGGGAGCAGACGAAGAUCAGUACUGGAACCAACAUGGGUUUGGGUUUUGA